AUGGCAUCCUGGAUUUUUCAAUGGAUAGGCGUCGCGGAUUGUCACAUAAUUGAUUCUAGUAACCAAACGAGUCCAAACCCCCGAUACGAGUACGAAAAGUGGAAGCCAGGCGGAUUUGGCGGCAGUUUUUCGGGGAAAAGUGCAAAAAAUCGAAUUGCAAAUAGGAUCAGAAAUUUCGAUGGGUCGGAUAAAGCGGUGAUGGAAAGUUUCAUUCGAUCUGGAAAAACCUGGCCGUAUGCGCUGGCUUUCUUCUGCUUUUUCGCAGGAAUCCUGUUUCUGGUCCUCCUGUGCUGCUGUAAACUACGCCGACGACGAGGUGGUGGAAAUCAACGUCCUGGAGGAGAAGAUUAUGGAGGCGAUGAUGAUAAUGAUAAUGGUGAUAGCCCUGGACCAUCGAGUCGAUUGAAUAAAUGGUGGCCAAACUCAUUCAGAAAGCAAUAUCAAUCAAUGAGAAAAUCUGGGUUCAAGAAUCAAUUGAACAACGUUAAGCAAAAAAUGCAUUCUGCGGUUGAGGAAGUCACUGAACCCAGUGAAGGACGACAAAGUGGUUCUGGAGGAGCAGUUUCCGCAUUUAAUCACAUGACUUUCAAUUCAAUCGACGAGGGCCCAUCGACGAGCAGCCAAGACACGCCGGCGAUGAAUACGCGAAGCAGACGACGAAAAUCGGGAUAA